UAGAGGCUGACUGAUGCUGCCCGCUGCGGUCUCCCUCAAUGAGCGGAGGACGUUCGGAAGUUUCUUUCACCUCCUUCUUCGCUGUCCGGGUCCACGGAACCGAACCCCGCAAGACGAAAUAUUUUUUCUCAGACGCUCCGCAGCCGUUUUACCUUGAGCAUCUCUCGGUGGGAGACCUAAAAAAAAAAAAAAAAAAAAGUCCCUACGGGUGAGGAGCGGCGCUGAACUGAAGAGAUGCCUCACGGGUCGCUCGGUUCAGGGCAUCCCGAGCACCGAUCAGCGGAGAAAUGCUGAAGUUUAGCGGCAGCUCGGUGGUCGCGGCGCUGCUCAUCGCGGUGGUCUUCGGCUCAUUCUUCUUCUGCGAGUAUCUCAUCUACUUCCCGACCAUCCUUAAGUGUGCCUGGCCGAAGCUGAGCUAUGCCCGGGGCGGAGAGGGCACCGACGGGCGGCCGACGGACUCAGCGGUCCGCGCCAUGGUGCUGUCGGACACCCACCUCCUCGGAGCUGUGGGGGGACACUGGUUCGACAAGCUCAGGAGGGAAUGGCAGAUGGAGAGGGCUUUCCAGACCGCUCUGUGGCUGCUCAAGCCCGAAAUAGUCUUUAUUCUCGGGGAUAUCUUCGACGAAGGCAAGUGGAGCUCCCAGAAGCACUGGGAGGACGACGUACGCCGCUUCCACAGGAUGUUCAGACACUCCACUGACACAGAACUGGUCGUACUGGUUGGCAAUCAUGACAUUGGUUUCCAUUAUGAGAUGGACUGGUUCAAGCUGCAGCGCUUUGAAAAGGUCUUCAACGCCUCCUCCACCAGGAUUGUUACCAAAAAGGGAGUCAAUUUCCUGCUGGUGAACAGUGUGGCCCUGCACGGUGAUGGCUGCCCCAUCUGCCAGUCGGUGGAGAAGGACCUGAUUAAACUCUCCACAGACCUCAACUGCUCGCUUCCGAACUCGCAGUCUGACUCCGAAGAGACGAAGAACUGUGGCGGCUCGCAGACCUAUCCUCCCACCGCCCCCAUCAUGCUGCAGCAUUACCCUCUGUACAGAGUGAGCGACGCCAGCUGCACAGGGCAGGACGCAGCGCCGCCUGAAGAGCGACACCUGCUGUUCAGAGAGAAGUACGACGUGCUGUCGAAGGAGGCCUCGCAGCGGCUGCUGCAGUGGUUUAAGCCCCGGCUCAUCCUGAGCGGACACACCCACAGCGGAUGCGAGGUUCUCCAUGACAACAAGUACCCAGAAAUCAGCGUGCCGUCGUUCAGCUGGAGGAACAGGAAUAACCCCAGCUUCAUCCUGGCGUUGGUGUCCCCCAGCGGUUACUCCCUCUCCAAAUGUUUCCUGCCGGAGGAGAGCACGGUGAUCGCAGUCUACUGCUCGGCCGGAGCCUGCCUGCUGCUGCUCCUCCUGGCUCACUGUCUGUGGAUGAAGAGGCUGCUGCAGCUCAGCCUCUUCCUGCUGGGCAAGCACAAGUCUCUGUGAACUACGGUACCCAGAGUGCACCUUGCCGGUUUGUGGAGCUGGUAAAUACUCGGGUCUCUGGGCUACAGACCUCUCCACCCAGCCACUGUUUGUUUGUUGGGUCAUGUGAAGGACAUAAGUAUACAUAUAUAUAUAUUUAAAAUGUGUAAAUCAGUGCUGGCAUUGAUGAUGAUGAAGGAAGGAGAUGAUGUUAGCUCAUCAUCUGUUUUCAGAUUUUCUUGGACAGGUUGUCUUAAAAGCUGCUCACAUAUUAUGUAGGACAGUUCAAGGAAGAAGUGUAAAUACUUUGCUGUGGUGGUGAGUUAGAGGUGCUUUCUGUGAAACACGCCAAUCAUCUCUGAAAGGAGUUCAUUCUUUUUUAAAUCCGUCGUUGAUGUCAGUCCAUCCGUCACUGCUGCUUGUUGUUUUUAUGAUCUAUAUCAGGAUAUAUUUAUUCAUGACUUUCUGUGCCAAAUUGUUGACAGUUUACAAUGAGAUGUUCCUAAUAAAGAGUUUUCUCGUGGAAAAAAUUA